AGAGUCGUUUCCGAGAGAGAGAAAUCAUGGCGGCCAACGGCGCGAGAAGAACCCUACAGUUCGCGUCAUCGUCCGCGAAAACCCUUCUCGGUCGUUCUUCGGUGGCGCGCUUCGCUUCGAAUGACUUGAAAUUUGCUGGAGUUUCUGUUUCUGAGUGUUCAUCUGCUUCUUCUCGCUUCUCGCUUCGCAGGUUCACUUCCUCCAGGGUUCCUGUGGAGUUGGGAGGAGUGUUGUCAGUGAUGCCGUUGCAUAGUGUUACUGCCUCAGCUUUGUUCACUUCGUUGUUAUCUCUGAGCAAUCAAAACUGGGGCUGUCUGUCUGAAGGUUUCGCAACACCGCUAUAACAUGGCCCUAUGAAUCGCAUUUCCUUGCAAGAGUCCAAGAAACCGAAAUUGGUUUUCAUUCAUGUCAGCAUUACUUUCCUGUGUUUCUCCCUUCCAAUUUUGUUGGAGUUGGAAGAGAUUUUGGUGCUGAAAUCAUAUAAUUGGAUGUUUUGUUGUGUUUAUUUGGAUGUUUUGUAUUUGAAGGCUGUUUAGCUCUUUGCUCGGGAAAUAAAUUUACCCAUCUGUGGUGAACAAAUUAUGUUAGGCCCUCUCUUGGGAAAAUUCAAUUUAUGGCUGAUUCUCUA